UUAAUCCCAACAACCCCACCGUUGUGACUCUCAUCUGCCAUAUCUCAGUUACUUCCUAGUGAUCUAAGCUUCUUUAAUUGCCAAUCUGCAAGUUAACUAGACACCUACAAUAGAUAGAAAACUCACAAGUUUUGCUGCAAACCUUGUAACUUAAAUACACGCUUUUGGAGCUGAAAUUAAGGGUCUGCCUGCAGUAGACUUGCCUGAGAGACUUUGGUUUUGUUAUUAUUGUCACUAUGUGUUUGGUGUUUGUAUGUGAUGAAGAUGAGAGGGUGUUACAAAGACAGGCAGCUCCAGGAGCUUGUCCUUACUGUGGAGGGAUGGUUCAAGCCUUGGACAUGGAGAGUCAGUGGAGAUUCUGCUUUGUCCCUCUUUAUUUCAAAACUAAACGCAGAUAUUACUGUACCCUUUGCACCAGACGUCUCAUCAUCCAAUAAUUUUACCUAAUCUUAUGAUAUAGCCUCGCUUCUUUUAUCAGUCUUGUGUGUCCUUGAACUUUCAAGAAAACAAAGAUGUAUAAUCUUUUGGCUUUUCAGGUAUAAAGGGUGUGUAUGUGUUAUCUAAGUUUUGUAAGUUUGAUUUACGAAAUGAUUAGCAAAAGAUUGUUCUGGUGGAA